AUGAUUGGGAAACUAAAGUAUCUUAUUCCUUUGGUGAUAGCUCUUUAUUCUUUUCAUCUUCUUUUCAAUGUUUGUCCUGAAAUCAAUAAUACUGGAUUUCAAAAAAUCUUAAUUGAUAAAUUAACAAAUUCAGAAUUGAAAUCACUUGAUCAAUUUAAUCAUUUUGUUUGUUCUAAACCUCAUGUUGCUUUAGUAUCUCUGAAAUUAAUUGAUUUUGAUAAUGAUUAUCAAAUUUCAAAUACCUUGAAUGAGCAUACUUCCAAAUUGAAAAUCCAUUGGCAUUCUUUUGAUGAUAAAUAUGAUUUAUCAAAUCAAGUUAACCAAGCAUACACAAAAAGUGUGGAUAACAUUCACUCCAAUUUGAUUCCUUGGCUCAAUUAUCAUUAUAACGAAUUAAAGCUUAAAUCAAGUCAUUACUACACUAUUGGUUUGGACUUCUCUCAAAUAUAUUUUGAUCAAUUUUGUAUCUACUCCAAAAGUUAUUAUCAAGAUUAUAUAGUAAACAAUUGGAAUAAAUUAAAUAACUCUCCUGAAUUCCAAAACUUUAUUAAAGUUGCUAAAAUUGAUUAUUUAAUUGCCUUUUUCAAACAAUUUUUCAAUGAAUCAAAUGAGUCUUUUAAAGAAAAAUUGCAAUUCAUAAAAAAUGAAGGUAAAAAUUUAUGGAAAUCAACUAGUGAUAAACAUUUUAAAAAAAUCGAAAAUAAUAAUAUCGUUGAUGUCGUUAAAGAUAUUCUCGAUGAUGUUUUAGAAACUCAAGAAGCUAAAGAACCAAAGGAAGUCGCCGAUGAUGAACCAAAUACCGUUGAUGAACCAGAUGCAGUAGAAGAAAAUGAACCAGAAACUGACGAAUCUGAAGCUGGUGAGUCAGGCGCGGAGGCAGAAACUGAGUCAGGUGCAGAAGCAGAAUCAGGUGCAGAAGCAGAAUCUGAAGAAGCCGAAUCUGAAGAAGCCGAAUCUGAAGUCGAGGUUGAAGUCGAAGUUGAAGUCGAAAGCGAUUACGAUAGUUCUGACUCAACUGACGAGCCUCUUACCAUUCAUCUUACCUCAACCAUUACUGAAACAUCCGACUCAAAGGAAACCGCCCUUGAAAAUUAUGAUAAUAAAGAAACCGAUCUCGAAUCAAAUACUGCAGAAUUUAGAAUCGAUCAAGAAUUAAAAUUUUGGGAUAAUAAAGUUACAAAAACUUUAAAUUUAUCUUAUGAUAAUUUGAAGUCUGAAAUGAAACCAUUUUUAAAUUCUACAAUGGGUGAAAUCAUUGAUAUUGUUUCCGCUAAUUUAACUAAAAUUCAACAAAGAAAUUAUCAAUAUUAUAAAGAAUUAGGUUCAAUGAAUUCUAAAAUUUAUAAAGAUGUUGAAUAUAUUAAAACAUAUAAAGAAAAAGUUGAAAACCCUGAAGUUCCAAGAGAGUUAGUUCGUGAAGUUAUCAAAAAUGCCCGUGAAUACCCACCAAAUGAAUUGAAAAAAAUUGAAGAUUUAUUAAAUGAAUAUAACUCAAUAAUUUUAACAAAAUAUUUCGAAGUUAUCCAAGAAACCAUUGAUAUACUAGAAUCAUUUUCUGAAAUAACCGUCCAAGAUUUUGCAAAUCGUUUAAAUACUUUAUUACAAAUAUUGGAAAACUCAAAUGAUCCAACUUUUUCGGAUGAUUUAUCUUGGAAAGCUUGGAAACGUUUCCAUAAAGUUAAAGAUGAAAUUUUCAAAAUUAGAGAUAAAAUUUACGAUGAUGCAAUUCAUUUUAAAGAACAUCCUUCUUCUUAUACAGUGAUACCAAAUGGAUUAGAAGAUUGGAUUAGUUAUUUAAAGAAUAUAAAUUUCCACAUUGAAUUCAUUUUACAUGAUAACGACGAAUACUUAAAUUUGGCAAGAGCCAAAGCUAAUGUUGCAUUUCAAACUAGAGAAGGAUAUGAAAGAGAGUUGGAAAGAUUACAAGCAGAAGAAGAAAAAGCCAAAACUGAAAAUAUUGAGUUUUCAUCUAGUGGUUAUAAUGAUAAAAUGAAUGGUACUCAUGAGGAAUAUGAUAUUGACAUAGUUAAAGACGAUGGAACUGAGGGACAGGUGGAGGUUGAAGACCCAUUGGUUGAAGAGAAAGAAGAAGAUGAAAGAGAAGAAGAGCAAGAUGAAGAAGAAGAAGAAGAACAAGAAGAAAUUAUAGAAGAAGUCGAAGAAGUCGAAGAAGCUGAAAAUGAAGAUGAAGAAGCUGAAGAAGCUGAAGAGGCUGAAGAAGAUGAAGAGGCUGAAGAAGCUGAAGAAGCUGAAGAAGUUAAUUCAGAUUCGGAUUUUGAGGGAGUUGAAGUGGAAGUGAUUGAAGGAGAUGAAGAUUCAACCGAAGAGACUCCAGAAUCCGACACUGCCGAGUCAGCUCAAACCACUGAGACGGAUUCAACUGCCGAGUUCGAUGAAAGUGAUUAUGCCAGAGAAGCAGAAUACCGAGCAAGAAGAAACGUUAUAGAUCUUGGUAAAAAUAACAAGGGAGUUCCUCCUACAGUUGAAGAAAUGGUGAGAAGACAACAACAAGAGAAAGAGGCCGAAAAGCAAAAAGGUGAAGAUAUUGAUGGUAAUGAUAUUGAUUCAUUGAAUGAUAUCGACAAAAUAUAAUUGCAAAAAGCCACCACUAACAAAAC